AUGGCGCGCUUGUCUCAGAGCCGAACCACGCGCAUUCUCCACGCGGUGCCGUCUCGGAGUGUGACCAGGUAUCCACAGGUUCUGCCAGAUCCCCAGCUCGGCAUGCAGUCAGCUCGCCGUCGGUGCAGCAAGGUGGUACCACCACCGCACGUCCUGACCGGGAUGCAAACGGUUCUCGGCGCCUGGUGUCGUCCACAGAGCGGGACAAUCGUUCGCAUCGCCCGACGUCAGUGGGCCCGGCCCACUUGGUGUCGACGGGGACGGCAAUUUCCUCGAUGUCGAUGGUCAGGCAGGAGGGAUUGCCGAGCGGUAGAGGGGCCAAGCAAGAGGGAGAAGAAGACGCCGCGAUGGCAGGUCGGGAAGCAAUUCGACAGACCACUCUACGCGGUCGUAUCGGAGGACUUCGUGAGUGGCGCGGGCAGCAUGGUUCGUACCCUAUCGGCGCCGCGAGCGACGCCUGGUGCUAUCAGUACUUCGCGAGUGGCGCAGGAACCCAUCGCGUUUCGCAGCGAAAGACCGGAGGUGGCAACUGCUGCAACCGCCACCGCUGCGAGGGCUGCGGCUGCGGUUUCCCGGUGUGGCGGACGGUUUCACCUGCUGGAGCUCCCGGUGGAGCGUCCCGUGAAUAUGGUCAUUGGAAACAGGAGCGCCGUCGUCAUCCUCGACAAUCGCAGAAGAGAGUCACGCGCAGCGACCUCAGAAGGAGUAGAAGCUGCUAGAAAGGCGUCCCGGGGCGAUAGAUGGGGGGGCGAGGGCGAUGCGAUAGUUAGCCCCGGGGGUGACAACGGCGGAGGAUCGUCUGACGGGGCGGACGGUGGGGCGGCGGCAGCAUCAGCUGAGGAAGCAGCAGCAGCAGAGGAAGAAGCCGAGGCGGCUGAGGCAAAGGAAAAACUCCGCCUCCUCCAGCUGCAAUCGCUCAAGUACUCCACGCUCUGGCUCAUGGUGCAAAUGGAAAAGGUCCGUGUCGGGGCACCAGCGGAUGGAAGAGACGGCGGAGGAGGCACCCGACUUCGCCCCGCGCUGGAAAAGCUUGAGCAGUGGCUGGUGGGGUUCCCCUGCCGCGUUCUCAUCAGGUAUAGCUACAGUGAAGCACAGCUGGCGGAGCUCAUCACACACGCGGCCACCACCGAGCAGCAGCAGCAGCAGCCACGGCGGAAAACGAAAGGCGUCGGUGCUACCAGUGUUGCCAUCACCGGGGCGGGAGACAGUUCCGCACAGGGACCCGGAGGAAAGCGGCAGCGGCUGGACGCAGGAGUUUCACCAGGGACCGAGGCCCCUUCUGAAGGGAGUGUCUCCAGGAAUGCGGCUGCUGGUGCUGGGGUGAGGUCGCCGCUUGAGGCCGUCGACGAACGCUCCAGGGCUGACUCUGAUUGGGCGGGGAUGCACCACCGUCAAGCAUGGUUUCUCCAGCUUUUUCCAGCGUUGAACGCGUUCUCAGCAUCAGCGCUGCUUUCGUGCGCAUCCCUGAAACACCUCAUCGUCGCGCCCUUCGACGAACUGGCCCCUGGUUUGCUGGGGAGGAGCGGCGGUGGCGACUACGUCCCGGGAACCGACGGCAGAAGCUCGAGCGGUGUAGGAGCCGCAAGGGGGGGAGUGAAGGCCGAGUGUCUCCUGGAUUUCUGUUCGGCCGUUCGCCUCGAGGGGGAGCAGGGGAACGGUUAGGUAGGUGCCGCGGGGAUGAGAUGGUGGUUCUUUCGCGAACUUGGUGGAAACAGGGCACGUUGGACGGGUGUGGAGGCUGUGGGGGCCAUAAAGUGAGUUGGGAUGGUUCCUUCUGGACAUUCGUGCGCAUCACGUUUCGUGUCUGGGGACCCCGUGCGGCAGUCAGUGGUGGGGAGGGGGGGUAGAAAUCCCGUGGCAUCUGUUUUAGUAGUAGGAGAGAAAAAAUUGGUUUGCACAAGGAUGCCACAACGGGGUUGAUGGGAGUGGGUGUUGUUUCGGCACUGACCUGCGGUUGAGGCAAAAAUGGGGAAGAAACAAUGGAGCACUGUGGGCGCUGAUUGGGGUUGGAACCCCUGCUAUGAUGUACCGUAUGGGAAACGUGACUGCGGCGGCGGACUUGGGAGUUUUUUUGCGUGUGUGAGAGAUUCGGUGAACAUCAUCAAUGAUGCGUCGAAUAUACUCGAAACCGGGUGCUGGCGACGGUUUGCUUUCAGAAAGGACCCGGGACACGUAGACGGCGUUGAUACUCAGGCAUUGUAGGUGUGGGGUGUGCUUUGUUCCAUUAGAAUUGCGGAAUGGGGGUUAUAGCGGGAACCAACAUAUCCAUGUUGUGGACACGUGGUUCAACUCUUCGUCUCCAAUGUGCGUAUGGUAGAGGAGUACUCAUCAACUGUUGGCAGUCGUUACGGCGAGAAAGGGAUGAAAACCACGUCACUGUUCUACCCGGAGCUGAUUUUGGGUUAGGGCUUGC